CCCCUCCAAAUCAUUGGAUUCAGGUGUUUCAAUCACCUCCAUGGCCACAGGUGUAUAAAAUCAAACACCUAGGCAUGCAGACGGCAAAAGAAUGGGUCACUCUCAGGAGCUCAGUGGAUUCAAGCGUGGUACCGUGAUAGGUUGCCACCUGUGCAAUAAAUCCCUCUGUGAAAUUUCCUUGGCACUAAAUAUUCCAUGGUCAACUGUUAGUGGUAUUAUAACAAAGUGGAAGUAACUGGGAACAACAGCAACUCAGCCA